AUGGACGAUAUGUUAAGAGCGUUAAAGUGCGAAGUUGAGCUGCGAGAAGAGCAUCGAGUUCAGAGAGAGCAACGAGAACGGCAUGGUGAUCCUGAGAAGUCGUCAAAUGGAGCCAGGCGGAACGAUACGAAAACAGCAAGCGCCCUCCUGACAAAAUCGGGACCGGUUCGUUGCGCAUUCUGCCUGGGAUGUCAUCGGCAUGAAGAAUGUGAGAAGAUCAAGUCAAUUGAGGAACGUAAGAAUAUUAUUAAGAAAUACGGUCGUUGUUAUAUUUGUUUGGAAAAGGGCCACAAGGCUCGUGACUGUGACAACAAUAUUAAAUGUAGUAUAUGUAAGAAGAAUCACCACAAGGCUCUGUGUGAUUCGGGAAAGGAAAGUAAGCCCCAGGGAACUGUUGGACAAAGGGAGGUUGAGAAUGUAGAUGCCAAUAGUAGUAAUACUCUAUUUGUAAGUCCUAAGAAUAGUUGUGAAAAAGCAGGAUGCAAUGUUGCCUUGCAAACUGCACAAGCAAAACUGGUUGGUAGUAAGUCGGGACGAGUAAGGGUUUUGUUGGAUUCUGGGAGUCAGAGAUCAUUUGUUACUGAAAGGACGGCUAAAGCGUUGGGAUGUAAAGUCGUUCGUGAAGAAAAUCUGAGAAUAGGAACGUUUGGGAAAAGGGCUUUAGAGAACGAGUUGAGAAGGGUUGUGCGAUUGGAUUUGAGUUCGUUGUCGGGUGGUGAAGUCGUAUCUAUCGAGGCAUAUGUUGUACCAGAAAUAUCAGUAAUUAGUAAUCAACAUUUGGAGGUGGUUCGAAAUAACUUUGAACAUUUGAAGGGGUUGUGGUUGUCUGAUGUUUGUAAGGUGAAUGAGGAAUUGGAGGUAAACGUACUCGUGGGUGCGGAUUACUUGUGGUCGUUGCAGAAAGGUCGUAUUAUGCGAGGGAAGCAGGGGGAGCCUGUGGCUAUCGAGACGGUGCUUGGAUGGGUAGUUUCAGGGCCGGUUGGAAACACGGAUAAGAAUCAACCCGCCACUGCUCAGGUAAAUUUUUGCUCCGCUAAUAAAACUUGUAUCAACGUAGAAAACUUUUGGGAUUUAGAAAGCCUAGGAAUUAAGGACAAAGUAAGUGAUGUGCAUGAAUCGGUCAUAAACGAUCUUGGUUUUGACGGUACGCGUUAUUCAGUGGGGUUGCCCUGGAGGGAGGGUCACGAUCCUUUACCUACUAACUAUGACUUAAGUCUUAAGAGAAUGAAGGGACAAAUCAGACGACUAGGUAAGAACCCAGAAUUACUGAAGGAAUAUGACACUAUCAUUAAGGCCCAAGAAGAGUUAGGCAUCAUAGAGAGGGUAGGAAAAGAUAGUGUGAUUAAUUCUCAUGCCAAAAUACAUUACAUGCCUCAUCAAGCUGUCGUGCGAAAGGAUGCCAAGACGACAAAGGUUAGAGUGGUUUAUGACGCAAGCGCUAAAGUACUCAAGUCAAGUGUCUCUUUGAAUGAUUGUUUGCAUAUCGGACCUUCACUUAAUCCACUUUUGUUUGAUAUUCUGCUUAGGUUCCGUGAGCAAAGAAUAGCGCUAAUAGCGGACAUAGAGAAGGCCUUCCUAAACAUUGAAGUGCACGAAAGGGAUCGAGAUAGCCUAAGCGGUGAAUCUAGUACAGAGCGAGCGUAUCAGCUAUAUCGUAAGGCCAACGAACGCAUGAAUGAAGGCGGAUUUAAGUUACGCAAAUGGCGGACUAAUGAUAGUGCGUUAAGAUCGCAAAUUGAAGAAGAUGUGCGUGACGUGGAAAGUAGUUGCGUUGAUGAGCAAACGUAUGCGAAAACCACGCUUGCUCAAGUACAGGGUCAAUUUGGUAAAGUAUUAGGGUUGGAAUGGGAUAGCGUCGGGGACGUAAUAAUAUUCGAUUUCGAAAAUUUGAGUGCGAAAGCGGAAAACACGGAACCGACGAAGAGAAAUGUGUUGAGUCUGUUAGCUUGUAUCUUCGAUCCAUUAGGGCUCUUGAGUCCUACGAUUGUUAAAGCUAAAAUUCUCUUUCAAGAUAUUUGUUACAGUGGCGUGGAUUGGGACGAUACAUUGCCUAAAAGUGUGAAGAAGUGGGAGAAGUGGUUGAGAGAUCUAAAGGAGUUGAUUGCCAGCAAAACAAGAGUAGCCCCGAUGAAAGAACUUAGUAUUCCGCGGUUAGAAUUAAUGGCAGCUAGAAUAUUGGCUCAUUUAAUGUCUGCAGUCAGGAAAGCGUUAGAGUCAGAGUAUAAUUUUGAGGGCGUUAAGUAUUGGACUGAUAGUAUGACUGUUUUGUAUUGGAUAGUCAACUCAGGCAAUUGGAAGCAAUUUGUUCAGCAUAGAGUUGACGAAAUAUUAAGGCUUAGUUCAAAACAGAGUGGAGUCAUUGUCCAGGUAAGGAAAACCCGCAGAUUUAGGGUCGCGAGGGUCUUGAUGACUGAGUUAAAGAACGCGGAGGUUUGGUGGUCAGGACCGUCUUGGUUGCGGGGUAGUCCAAGGCAUUAUCCUAUGGUGAAGGAGAUAGUUCCCACAGUAGACAGCAAGGUUGAAGAAAAGGUCAUUUGUUGUUAA